UGCACUUUAGAGUGUUUUCAGGAGUGGUGCGGGGGUGCUCCUGUCUUUACACAGCACUGCAAUACACUAAUAUAAACAGGAGUUUUGAAAUCAUUUUUUCCCGCGAAUUAGGACUAGAUAGAAGAUAUUUUUGAACACUUUGUGUUUUACCCUAUCGGCUUAUCGGGAUAUGCCGAGAGGCGGAGACACAUUUUGGUCUUAUUUCCUCCUUCCUCUCAAAAGUUGGGAGCCUGACGCUGCCAUGUCAUGAAGGAACAAACUUGUGGAUUUAAUUAAAUUUGCAAAGACAAGCUUGGAUUUCUUUUUCUUUUUCUCUGAGCUGCUGCCUAAAGGGCCCCCCGCCCCCAUUUUGUUUUUCUGUCCCCCACUGGAGCCCUGAUCGCCACCGUCACCAUGCAGACAUCGCUGCGCCGGCAGAUGAAAAAUGUAGUGAACAACUACACGGAUGCCGAGAUCAAAGUGCGCGAGGCCACCUCCAACGACCCGUGGGGCGCCUCUAGCACACUGAUGGCCGAGAUUGCUGAUCUGACCUACAACAUGGUGGCGUUCACCGAGGUCAUGGGUAUGAUCUGGAGGCGGCUCAAUGACCAUGGCAAGAACUGGCGCCACGUUUAUAAGGCGCUCACCCUGCUGGACUACCUGACCAAGGCAGGCUCGGUCCGUGUGGCGCAGGAGUGUCGGGACAACAUUUACUCCAUCCAGACCCUCAAGGACUUCCAGUACAUAGACCGCGAUGGAGAGGACCAGGGUAUCCAUAUCCGCGAAAAGGCCAAGAAACUGGUGGCUCUGUUGAAGGACCCGGAAAAGCUGAAGAAAGAUCGGGCCCAGGCGUUGAAGACCAAGUCGCGCAUGGUGAGGGUGUACGGUGAAUAUGGAGAGCUACCUCCCCCAUACCCGGCUGCCCACUCCAGCCACUACGGGAUGCACGAGACCCGAAGUUCGCCCUCUUCUCUACAAUCCUCCUCCUCUUCCUCUCCUCAACUCGCGCCGGACUUGGAGCAAGCUCGGCCGACCACCACGGGGGAGGAGGAGCUCCAGCUGCAGCUGGCCCUGGCCAUGAGCCGAGAGGAAAGCGAAAAGCCGACUACUACAACAGUGGUUCUCGAUGAAAAGACUGCAAUGCAGAUCGCUGUGAGCCUCAGCAAAGAGGUUAAGAAGUCAGUCAAGCGUCCACCCACCACAGUGGACAUGGAUGAGGACUCCCAGCUCAAGUUAGCACUGAGCAUGAGCAAGGAAGCACACCAAAAGGAGCAACUCGGUCGCCAAGGAGAUGAAUCAAUGCUCAAGAAAGCUUUGGAGGAGAGCAAACGCGAGAUGUCGUCUAAAGGCGGGACUGCCUUCAUGGACCUGGUAGAUGUUUUUGCCGUACCCAAAGACCCUCCUCCGAGUGAAAACGUCUGGCAUAAAACCCCGUACCAAGCGUCCGCUCGUGCGGGGGGCACAGAUCCCUGGAACCCCUUGGAGGGAAGCCGCAGCUCGUCAAAAGUGGGUGAUGCUGCCUGGAUGGUACCUCCCACCUCCAACAGCCCUCCUCCGCCCUGGGAGCCCAGCCCGCCCCCAGUCAACCCUUGGGACCCCCCACCGGGCACAGCCUCCUCCAACCUAUGGGGCACAGGAUCAUCUGCAGUGGAUCCCUUCACAACACCAAAAAAGUCUCCUCUCCGAGCUGUGAGCCCCUCCGAUGGCGAUCUGUUCGAUGAGGCCAUGGACGGAGGUAAACUCAACGGACAGAGGGAAGGCAGCCCGGAGAUGUUUGACUUGCACCAGCUAGGACAGAGCCUGGCGGACCCUAAGCCUCGCAUGGUGCAUACCCCUGAGUCCUUCCUCGGCCCCGCAGCCGCCUCUUUGGUCAACCUGGACACGCUGAUCCCUGCUAACUCCCAAGCCAGCUUGAACCCUUUUCUAGCAGGCGCGGGUGCUUCCACCAUCGUCAACCCAUUUGAUCCGGAGCCGGUCAGACACACUCUAGGUCAAAUGGGCUCGGGCACACUGCAGCCUUCCCUUUCCUACAGCGCCUCCUUGCCUCUGCCCGUCAGCCAGCAGACGGCCAGCCUCCCGUCGUCCUUCACCCACCCGACACACACCGGCCUGGAGCUGCCCCAGCCUCUGUUGCCCCUCUCCACGGAUGGCGCUUUGGCACCGCAGCCCGCACUGAACAAUCAGAACCCUUUCCUAUGAGGAACCAUUCAAGUAGUUACAAAAAGGGAAAUUGAACUGCAGUCCGAAGGAAUCAAGUGGACCUCCCCCACUCGUUUUUCUCCUACAUUGUGGCAUAACAAGUUAAUGGAUGCAGUAACAGGUUCGAAAUGAUUUAUCAUGUAAAAGUCCUUUUCAGGCUAUUGCUCAUUAGCUAACGCAACAACAACAAGAACAGAAACACGGUGUAAGUUGUUGUUGUUGCACUUUGGCCUUUAUUUCCACUCAAAUGUGUUCUGCUGCCUUUGUGUAGUCAACAAUCAUGUUGCACACUCAGCUGUUUGUGUCACCACCUGCUGCUGUUGUUCUACACGAUGGACUUGCGCAGUACCGUUUAAAAAAAGUAUCCGUGGGUUUUACAACGGGAAGAUCAUGUAGUUUGGGUGAGCUGAAAGCGUUUCAAGCUUUACGCUAACAGUAAUGAACACGGAAUUAGUAGAGUGUUAUGGAAGGACUCCGUCAAUUGUUUCUACUUGUUUGGUCCUAAAUAUAAAUAGCCAUAUUUCCUCAAAUAGUGCCCCCCCCCUCAAAAAUAAACGCCGUGCCCCAAUAAUCAGUUCGACAAUAAACACCUCCUUCAAACAAA